UUUAUUUUAUUUCCCUCGUUUAGCCUUUUUCCCUAAUUAUCCUCUACUGUCUCCAAAGUUCUCUUUCUUGACGUAUCUCUCUGCCUCGCUGUGUCUCUAUCGGAUUAAGCACCGCCAUCCGAUAACCUGACCAGCAUUUUACCGAUCGGUUCUAAUGAUUCCUCAUCUCGUUUCCCCUCCGGUCAAAUAUCUCAACGGUUUGGUUCUCAAUCGGGUACACUUCAUUUUUAAAUCCCUAGCUCAGAUCCAAUUAAUUAAUUAAUAUAUUUUUAUUAUUUUCUUAACGAUUUUGAAUAACUGGAUCAAACAUUUAUUCCCUGUAUAUUGAUCCAUCAAAACUCUCAACCACCUCCGCCUAAAUUAAUUAAUCAAUCGCCAUCUUCUUAGGGUUAGGGUUUGUUGUAAUUUGAAUUGAGAAAUGUUGAGGAAAAUCAUGAAAGGAGGGCAUCGUAAGCCCUCCAAAUCGGACGGUAACGAUUUUGGGUUCGGGGCUCCUCGAAACUCCGGCUCUGGUCCUGCAAACAAUGUGGUUGUUAACCAUUCGUCACGGGCUGCCCCUGGCCCACCAAGCCCACACACUGGGUCGGCAAUUGCUGCUCCUCCGCCAAUGAACACAGUGGAGCCUCUCCCUUUGUUCCGGGAUGUGCCGGUUUCGGAACGUCAGAACCUCUUCUUACGGAAACUCCAGGUAUGCUGCUUCCAAUUUGACUUUACUGAUACCUUAAAAUCGGUCCGAGAGAAGGAAAUCAAGAGGCAAACUUUAUUGGAACUUGUGGAUUUUAUUCAAUCUGGCUCUGGAAAGAUUACGGAGAAUUGUCAAGAGGAAAUGAUAAAAAUGGUUUCAGCGAAUAUAUUCCGGUGCUUGCCUCCGGCUUCACAUGAGAAUACAGGGCAAGUAUCCGCUGAUCCUGAAGAGGAGGAGCCUUAUUUGGAACCAUCUUGGCCUCAUUUGCAGCUUGUCUAUGAGCUUCUCCUAAGAUAUGUUGUGUCGUCGGAUACAGAUACCAAGGUUGCCAAGAGGUAUAUUGAUCAUUCGUUUGUGUUGAAAUUGCUUGAUUUGUUUGAUUCUGAGGACCCAAGAGAGAGGGAGUAUUUAAAAACUAUUCUUCAUAGGAUUUAUGGCAAGUUCAUGGUGCAUCGCCCAUUUAUUAGGAAGGCUAUAAAUAAUAUUUUCUAUCGGUUUGUUUAUGAGACUGAGAGACACAGUGGGAUUGGGGAAUUGUUGGAGAUUCUAGGGAGCAUUAUAAAUGGGUUUGCACUGCCGAUGAAGGAGGAACACAAGUUGUUCCUUGUAAGGGCGCUUAUACCGUUGCAUAAACCAAAGCCGAUAUCUGUGUACCACCAGCAGCUGUCUUAUUGUAUCACUCAAUUUGUUGAAAAGGAUUACAAGCUGGCUGAUACGGUUAUUAGGGGUUUGUUGAAGUAUUGGCCAGUGACUAAUUGUCAGAAGGAAGUUCUCUUCCUUGGAGAACUUGAAGAAGUGCUGGAGGCAACACAUUCCGCAGAGUUUCAGCGCUCUAUGGUCCCUCUUUUCAGACAGAUUGCUCGCUGCCUUACCAGCUCCCAUUUUCAGGUUGCUGAACGAGCUCUGUUUUUGUGGAAUAACGAGCACAUUGUGAGUUUAAUUGCCCAAAACCGAAGUGUUGUAUUACCAAUAAUUUUUGAGGCACUGGAAAAGAAUAUCCACGGUCACUGGAACCAGGCAGUUCAUGGGCUGACUGUUAACGUUCGGAAAAUGUUUUUGGAAAUGGAUACCGAGUUGUUUGAAGAGUGUCAGAGGCAGCAUGCAGAGAAAAAAUCUAGGGCCAGAGAUGUGGAAGAGCAGCGAGAAUUGACAUGGAAGAGACUGGCCGAUGUGGCAGCACAGAGAGGUGGGGGUGAGGAUAUGAUCACUGUUUAACUGAUUUCUCAGGGUUAGACGGUCAUGGUCCAUACGAAAAACGGAUGGAUGGUAGACAAGGGAAGUGCUCGAGGAUAUCCCCGUUUUUGGGUGCAAUUCUUUUUCCAUUUUUUUUUCCAUUUUAUUUUUUGAUCUCAAUCCAAUCAUUAAAGAUGUCAGAAAAAGCAACCAUAGUUGUAAUUUAAAAUCUAUGGAAUAUGUUAGUAAUAUGCUGCACAUGAAGAAUGAUUUGUGAGCAUCUCUUUUGUUCCUUUUUUCCCCCAUUUUAUGGGAGAAUCUCUUUGCCACAAAAGGUAGUGAAUCAUUUUUUUUCA